UGGAUGGACGAGAAGUUCCACGACAAGCCGCAGGUGCUCAUUGGGGACCUGAACUGGAGGGAGAUGUACCGCCAGCUCGUCGCCGACGCCUGGCAGAUCGCCGACAUGCCCUCCCCAACCACACAUGCGAAUACCAAGCCUACCCGGGGGCUGGCCCAGGGCUGCUCCAUCCAGGCCGCUGGAGUGGAAGCCGUGGCCGGUGUCCCGCACCACAAGCUGGUUCUCUUCGAGGUGGACGUGCCGCUGCCGCCGCGGCCCGCCCAGGAGCGCCUCAAACGUACAGCUUUCUACACUUGGAAUGACAAUGCUAUUAUGCUCCCGGCCGAUGCGGGGGACAUCGAGUCCGCCGUCGAUGCCGAGUACCCUGUCCUGGAGGCCUCGUUCCCGCUGUUGGACAGGUGGAAGCGGUGGCACGCUCGGGCUGAGACUGUGGCCCGCCUGGCGUGCAGCCGGGACUUCAUGGAAAUGGCUCGCACUGGGGAGCGGCCGAAAGCUUCCCCGCCCGAGUCCCGCCGGUGCGCCGAUUCGGCCCAGCACCGGGUGGAUGAAGCGAUCACUCUUCGACAGCUGCGGCGGCUACACCGCCGGUUCACCCACGGGAAGACUGCGGGGGUGGACUCGGAGCGCCUGUCACCCAAGCACUUGCACGACUUCGGCGUGGCAGCCUGUCAGGGAGCCCUCCACGCAAAGUGGUCCGACGCCCCGCUGCUGUGGCCGACGUACGCCGCCGCAGUCGACAUCAUCAAUGCCAGCAUCACCAAGGAGGAGCGGAAGGGCACGGACGCCCGCGGCCGCCAAUGGAAACAACGCUUCACCGAGAUCACUCGGGACACUUGGGCCGCCGCCGGCCCUGUCAUCAAGCCGGGCCCCGAGGCGCCGACCUUCACCCCCGACUCCAUGCGGGCGGAGUGGGAGCCGAUCUGGAACCCGCCAGACUACAACCCGGAGACCAUCCGGGCAGCUUGGUGCACCUACGCGGACAAGGCCGUCUUCCCGCACUGUGGGGUUGCGGUUGACUGGAUCCCCGACUACGACGACUUCUCUGCCGCCUUCCAGAAAUGCGGCGGGGCGGCGGGCCUCGACGGCUGGUCAGCCGCAGAGGUCAAAGCUUUGACACGGCACUUCGAGUUCUUGAAGAUGGAGCUCUACACUUUGUGGGUGGCAACCACACGCGCCGCUGGUGACCCGGCGGGCCUCCCGGAGGCCCUCGUCGACUUCCUCUUCUGCUGGCGGGUGCUGGGGAUCCCCAAGCCCAAGACCGACGCCUCCCAGCCGAUCUCGGUGGCGUCAUACCUCGUACGGACGUGGCUCAGUGCAUGCGCGGCCAUCGCGCCCCACCCAGUGGACACGCAGUGGGCCACACGCCCCGGAGUCUCCGUGGUACACGCCAUCUCUUCUUGGCUGAGUGCGGCGGCGGCUGCUGACGAAGGCUGUGAGCAAGACCUCACAAAAGCGUGCGACCGAAUCGACCACCUGCUGGCGACAGAGGCCCUGGAUCGUGAAGGUUGGCCUCGGCACCUGCAGUGUCUGUUCAGAUGUUCCUGGCGGGGCCCCCGGUACUGCCAGGAGCCCAUCGAGCCUCGCUUCGGGUGGGACCCCGUGCGAACGACGCUACGCCGCCUGGGCACACUCCCCGGGUCCGCCAAAGUCAGAGAGUCCCUGACAGCAGCUUACGCUUCGCCGAUGUGGCUGUGGGCAGCACCUGUGGUGGCGCCGCCCCCGCCAGACAUCACGCCCCUGGUCAUGAAGGCCGUGCUGCGCACCGGAUGUUCCUGGUGGUGCCGGGGCCGCUGGUGGGCCACCAGACUCUACCUACACCCGCUCUACGGGUCAAUUCUUCGCGGACUCAAGGUUGUUCUUGAUCCUGAAUUCUGUUGGAGUCCCCAUGUGGAGGCGCAGAUACGUACCGCCAUGGAUCGGCUGGGGCUCGGCUUUCGAGACUACGACCAUUACUUUGGCCUGUGCCUGGAGGUGCUCCCGGGGGACGACCCGCGGGUCCAGAAGGUCACAGACAGGCAUUGCGUGAGGCUGGUGUGCCGCAUUCGCUGUCUGCAGCAGUGCGCCUCUAGCCGCAACGACGUGGAGGGCGUGGAGAAGGUCGACGUGGAGGCCUCCAGCGACCCCCGGUGGAAGAAGUUCUCGGAGAGCCUGCCGGCCGACGAGAAGCAGGCUCUGAACAUCUUCCGGUGUGGAGCCAUACGCACCCAGACCCGCAUCAGCCAGAACACCAGGUGUGCGCUGUGCGGAGCGCUCCACCCGAGUGCCCGGCACCUAUGGAGCGAAUGCAGUGGGAUGGACGAAGAACGCCGGCUUCUUAGCCGGUUGUACGGCCUCCAGCCUACGUGGUGGACUCGUCAGCCACGAGCGCUGCUCGACUGA